AUGAAGGCAGCCCCGCAAAUGCCCAGCUCCACAUCUGAGCAGUGGGAGGCCUUGCUGACCAGCCCGGAACCUCGCGACAAGCACCAACUAGUGCGCAUGAAGACAAUGGUACUCGUCUUGCUUGUCAUUACCCUGCUUAUGUCCUGUGCAAACGCCGGCUGCCGCUACGGCGGUUAUGGAGGAGGUGGCGGUGGUGGUGGAGGCGGUGGCGGUGGUGGAUACGGAGGAGGUGGAUAUGGCGGCCACGGCAAGAAGAUCAUAGUCAUUAGUCACCACGGAGGAUACGGUGGUGGCGGUGGUGGAGGUGGCGGUGGCGGCUCACGGUCACGGCUGGUGGUACUCGUCUUCCUUGUCAUCACACUCUUUAUGUCCUGUGCAAACGCGGGCUACCACUACGGCGGUUAUGGCGGCGGCGGUGGUGGAGGCGGUGGUGGUGGUGGAUACGGAGGAGGUGGAUACGGCGGUCACGGCAAAAAGAUCAUUUUCAUCAGUCACCACGGAGGAUACGGCGGUGGCGGUGGCGGAGGUGGUGGUGGCGGCUACGGUCAUGGCUGGUGGUAG